AUGGCCACUUCAACUCAUCCAUAUGCUAAAGAAUUAGAAAUCGCCACGUUGGCCGUGAAACGAGCCUCGAUUCUUACCAAGAAAUUAAGCGAUUCCAUCGUUACAUUGCAACAAUCAGGCACGCUUACCAAGGAUGACAAAUCACCAGUUACAGUUGGCGAUUUUGCAUCACAGGCCAUUGUUAACCAUGCCAUCAAAUUGAACUUCCCCAACGAUGAAAUUGUCGGUGAAGAAGACUCUCAAGAUUUGCAGGAUUCUCCAUUAACAAGUCAAAUUCUUGACUUGAUCAAUCAAGUGCAGCAAGAAACCUCCGAAUAUGAUGACAAGAUUGGUAAAUUAUCCAAUUUGAAGGAAAUCACAACCAGUAUUGAUUUCGGUGAUUCUCAAGGUGGAUCCACUGGUAGAUUCUGGGCCUUGGAUCCUAUCGAUGGUACCAAGGGGUUCCUUAGAGGUGACCAAUUCGCAGUAUGUCUUGCUCUUAUUGAAAACGGAAAAGUUGUGUUGGGUGUUAUUGGAUGUCCUAACUUGCCUCAAAUCAUCCAUUCCAAUGAUAAACAUGAAGGAAUUGUCGGCGGGUUAUACUCAGCUGUGAAGGGUGUUGGAUCUUACUAUAGUGCCUUAUUCACCAAGGGAUUCACACCUUUGGAUCAGCAACAAAAAAUCUCAAUGAAAUCAACUUCCAACCCAAGUGAAUUGAAAGUAGUAGAAGGUGUUGAAAAGGGACACUCGUCCCACUCCACACAAGCACAAAUUAAACAAAUUUUGGGCAUAACUACCCCAGCCAUUAACUUAGAUUCUCAAGUCAAGUAUUGUGUCUUAGCCUCGGGUCAAUCGGACAUCUAUUUAAGAUUGCCUGUAAGUGACACUUACCGGGAAAAGAUUUGGGAUCAUGCCGCUGGUAACAUUUUAAUUUACGAAAGUGGUGGACAAGUAGGUGAUAUUGAAGGCAAUCCUUUGAAUUUUGGAACUGGAAGAACCCUUCAAUCCAAGGGUGUUAUUGCGGGAAACAAGCAAGUGUUUGAUUCUGUAAUCAAGGCUGUACAACAAGUAUUGUAA